AUGAUUGCCGCGCCGGGCGUCGGUUUCCCUCCCCUUCGGAGGUCGUCGAACGGCAGCCUGCAGCGACGGGCUGUAUCUCGGACUGUAAUGGCUGUUUCUGAAGCCGUGGGAAGGAAUGAGACGACGGCGACCUCUAAAAGGCCGGUUUACGUGCCUACUCCCAGCAACAGAGAGCUCCGGACUCCUCAUAGCGGGUAUUGUGCUUACCCCCUCAGUUUUUAUUGCCUCUCUCUGAAACUGAUGAAUAAUUAUCAUGUGAUAUGAUCGUUAAAGGGUGAUGUACACAUCCAAAUCAGGUAGAGAUCGUUGGAAGGUUCAUUUGAUCGUUUUUAGUUACUCCUUCCUCAAUCUUUAAAUGAUCGGAUUCCUCAAUUAUUUGGUAUCUCUGAUUUUGGUGUAUUUCACUGUAAUAUGUCUUGUCUCCACGACUCUGCAUCAGGUUCCAUUUUGAUGGAACGUCGCGCCAAUUCUUUGAAGGCUGGUACUUCAAGGUUUCAAUUCCAGAAUGUAGACAAAGCUUCUGCUUCAUGUACUCAGUAGAGAAUCCUUCUUUCACUAAGCCACUGGGAACGUUAGAAGGUGUCGUAUAUGGGACUCGAUUCACAGGAGUAGGGGCUCAAAUUCUCGGUGCAGAUGACAAAUAUAUUUGCCAGUACUCUCAAGAAUCCAAUAACUUUUGGGGAAGUAAGUUCCUUCGCCCGUUAUUCCUUGGAUUGUUUUCUUCGUGUGCUGUGAUAUGUUAUUGUUUACAGUUCGAGAGAUGCGCGUCCUAUAAGCUGGUCCCCAUUAAAAACCUUCUUGAUAUCAAUUUGUUACCUCCAAUGUGCCAAUGACUCACAACUGGGAAUCGUUGGUGCUAUAGAGCUUCUUAUUGAAAUAAAAAAGUGUAUUAUCUUCUCUCUACAAGCCAGCCUGAAUGUUUGAGUAGGCUUCACAGGAGAUUUAGCUGUAACUGCCUGCACAAAGUGAGCAGCCAUAUUUGACAAUCCACUUCGAGAUAAAGUAUUUGUAUGAAAUGUGGAACAUGUUCAUUUCGUAUUCAAUGAAAAACAUGAUGUCAUAUUCAAAAGCAACAACACUUGUGAGUCGUUGAUAUAUGUAAUGAAACAAAACACGCAUUGAAGUCGUUCUUUUUUUCGAAACAUAUGAGGGUCUCUCUUUGCUUGUAAGUUUCGCCUGAUUUAUUUUGUGAUUCCCCCUGCCUUACCUUCAUGUCCAGUCGCCCAAAUCUCCUUUUACGGGAGCUUUUAUUUCACUUAGAGUUUCUAUCUUCCAUUUCUGGGCAUGUCAGCUAUUUGGAGAAAUACGAAUUAUGUUCCUUUCAGAAGCAAGGCAAUUUCUCUCUUUUUAGAACUUUUGAGUAUGUGAUUGAUACUUAUUAAAUUCCUCCAUGUGGUGUCUCAUUGUUGCAUAGGCAGGCAUGAAUUAAUGUUGGGGAACACUUUUACUGCAAAGGAGGGUUCAAAGACCCCAACUGGGGAGGUUUCACCUGCGGUAAAUUUCUUUCACUUUUCAUUUGAGUUGGUCCUGGUGAGACGUAUGCCAUCUGUUUAAUGCUUUGUGAUUUUCAUGUCACUGAACAAAAACAUAUUUACCAUCACUACUUGAAGAAAUGUUGUAAAAUGCACACGGGAUAUUGGAUUUUUUUUUUUUAAUUCUUUAACAUAUUCUAUAUUGAAUUUCGAGGAAAUGGGUUUGGUUAUGCAAAGAAUUAUAAUGAUACCUAAUUUUAAGCUUAAUUAAUGCUAUUUCCCAAUACCUGGAUUUUAUUAUUUCUUAUGAACGUUUCACAGUGGAAGUUUCAAUGCUUGAAGUAUUAGUUUGUGAUAGUUAGGACUCAGUUAUUAAUUGCAAUAUAAUUAGGAAGAAGACAACAGGAAAAAGAUUGCCGUUUAGUAGAACGUUAUUAAAUUUAUGCAAUUUAACGAGGAUUUCAGAAUGCUGGUCGAUUCAAACUAAGAUGCAUCAUCAUGGACUCAGCUGUAAUUGUACAGAUCUUAAUUUAUUUACUUUUCCAUGAAAGCAAAGCAUUUUCCAUCGAACUCAAAGAUAUUGUCAUCACUUCUUCUAUAACCAAAGGAAAAUUUGAUAUCAUCUUCUAUAUCCACCAUAUUAUAACAAAAUUCUGGGUAUCAGGUUUGCUAUCUUGGCCUGUUUUUGUCACUCAUGUAAGUGAGUGACAAAAUUCUGGGUAUCAGGUUUGCUAUCUUGGCCAAAUCCAUGUAAGUGAGUUUGGCUUUCAACCUCUUUUGAAUUGCGAUUCACACCCAGAUUGGCUGCUCAUCAUAACCGCAUCAUCGGAUCGAACUUUAACAAAAAAAAGAUUCACCAAUAUAUUGCAUGAAAGAGGAGUCAGAUAGUGUCAAUGACGUUUCAAAUACAUGGAUCGGCACAUUUAUGCCUAUAAUGCAUGGAAACCAGUGUGUUAUCUACCAUGCCUAUCUAAUUUGGUCUAGUCUGAUGCAUUGGAAGUCUCUUAUCUCUUAUUUUUGUGAAGUAUGAUAUGCUCAUUUGGGGAUUUGUCGUGUAGGAAUUUAAUAGAUGUGUCUCAGAAGGCUUUCAGGUCACACCAAUCUGGCAUCAAGGUUUCAUACGUGAUGAUGGAAGGUAUCGGUUUAUAUUUCGUAUGAAAGUCAUAUAGAUGCUAAACUUGUUAAUUAUCGUGGUCAGUUAUUUCAACUAUCCCCAACAUUUCUUCUUUUCUUAGAAUUUGCUAGAACUGUCCGAACAGUGGCAAAAUUACUUCCAUCGUCAAUAAUUUCUAAUUGUGACCAGUUUCCUCUCUAUUGGUGUAUUUGGUCUUGGAUGUUGACAUUGUUUAGGUCAUUGCAAGUAUCACUUUUUCCACAUGAUAAAAGGUAAAUGAAGUAUGAGCAAAGGAAGAAACUAUUUUAGAAGUUUAUGUUGAUAGCAGAUGUAUCUCUUGUAUAUCCAUGCUGCAUGGUCAUCACAUGAGUAUAUAACUCUUAAGAUUUCUAAAUCAUGAUGCACCAUGCAUGAGCACUCACACUGUGAUGAUGAUCAUCACGGGAACUUGUCGCCUGAGGUUAUAUUGGGAAAGAUCAUGUAGGGUUGUCCACCUAUAUAAGGGGUGAUAAAUGUCAAUGAAAAGUGAGGUUGUUCUCUCUCCUCUUCUCUGUCAGAUGAGACACCAGAAAGUUCCUCUUUCACUCUGUCUUUUCCCUCUCUUAGUAAUGUAUAAAUGUGUUUUAUAUAGGUUUAGUGAUUAGAAAAAAAUCCUUUAUAGUUUGUGGCUAGUUUUUAUGUGAAAAUAUUAUAAUUAUAUACCGGACUCUAAUAUAGAAUGAAAAGAAAAAGCUGAAUGAAAUCCAAUCAAUAAUUUUAUAUCACAGGCUAGUACAUUCAUGAUAAUUUCCGGAGAUUUUAUUUAUUUUUCUGCGUCCCAACAUACAGACGGUUGCUGUUUUUUUUCCUAAUAUGUAAUUUUUUUUAAUAGGUCAAAUUAUCUGCGAACUGUAAAAACUGCACGUUGGGAGUACAGUACUCGUCCCGUUUACGGUUGGGGUGAUGUGAAAUCGAAACAAAAGUCAACAGCCAGUUGGCCUGCUGUGUUACCCGUGUUUGAACCGCAUUGGCAAGUCUGCAUGGCGGGUGGAUUAUCAACAGGUGAGAGAAGAUUGAUUUAUUGCUUGUUGUGAUUAUCAACAAGUCUGCCCUUCCUAGAUGGUUUAUAAAACUGUUGCCGAAAAAUUAACAUUGCUGCUGAAUCAAAUGUGGGCUGUGGUUCAUUUCAGUGAGAAGGUAAAUGCCUUCAUUUAGCACCAGCUUUUCUUGCGUCAUGCUGGAAGCCGUUGGUACCGCUUAUAUUCUUGAAUAUAUACUGGAGCAUACAAUACCUUAACCAAGCUAUAUCAUGGCCUUGGAUAUGAUAUGCUAGUUGUUUCGAGAUGCGAAACAUCCAUUUUUACCAAUUAGAUUGAACCAUUUUGACGCCAGUAACCUACUUCAGAGAAAGGUAUGCUAUGGUUAAGUUAGAAACUUCAAUAUUGGACAGAUUCUGUGUUGGACAGAUAUACCACCUUAAUGCUCCAAAAUGUUGUCUUGCCGGUGGGAUCAUCAUUUUUCUGCAUCAUGUUUCUUUCUUUUACUUUCUACGUUUAUGCAACCUUUAACUCGUAUAUGCGGUGUAAGUAUGGUUAAUCUUUCAUCUAUCCUUUCUGUGAAUUGUGUUGUUUCCGCAUUCUUCUCAAAACAUCCACAGGUUUUCCCUUUGGACUUCUUUUGCAGGCCUUGGGUAAUCUUCGUGUUUUAGUUUCGGGACACUGAAUAUUGAAGAGCCUAUUUUUUUAAUCCCUAACAGUGGAUUAUACCUGCUGAAAUUAUCAUAUUAUUUGCACACGGAUACACAGAGAUUCUGCACAUAUACUUUCAGACUUUUAAAUGCUUGCCUAUGAAAAUGUCAGGUUGGAUUGAAUGGGAUGGGGAGCGUUUUGAAUUUGAAGAUGCUCCUUCAUACUCUGAAAAGAAUUGGGGUGCAGGCUUCCCGAGAAAGUGGUUUUGGGUAUGUUUUUUUUUUAUGAAAAAUAUUUUGGAUAAAGGAGCUUGCACUUUCGUGCAAUAUGUAUCGUAUGUAAUGAAUAGUGCAUUAAUAAAUUAAUAAACUUUUAAUGAUGAGAAAUCUUGAAAGUCUGGUACCUUUGUGUAUUUUUGUAUGAAAUUGAUUUUUACCUUCGAAGCAAUUUGCUAGUAGCUAAUAUCAGUUCGCCAUUUAUUUAUGCAUUUGUAAUAAACAAAACGAUAUGCCAAGAGAAAAGCUUACCGGAUAAACCAAACUGUUGAAGCAGCUGCAUGUCUACCAAUGUGUUUAUUUUUCUCUUGGGUUCAUAGUAAUUAUCAGUACUUUGAUAUAGUUUCGCUAUUUUAAGCAUGAUUUUAUUAUUAUGAUCAUUUCAGGUACAGUGUAAUGUCUUCAAAGGUGCCAGUGGAGAAGUCGCUUUGACCGCUGGUGGUGGACGGAGGCUGCUACCUGGAUUGUCUGAUAUCUAUGAAAGCACUGCCAUGGUAUGCCACAUGAAGAUCCAUCUAUUCCUUUUUUUUUCUUCCAAAUUCUUGAAUUUUGUUAUCUAAUGGGAAGCAGCUACAAAGAUCCGUAAUCUUGAUUUCUUCUGAUGAUUCUCCGGGUCUUCAUCAUAAAAUUCCAGGUCACAGACAAAAGUUUUAAGAACUACUGGUAACUCUUCAACUGGGAGGAAAUAUGAAAUUUAUUCUGACCAAACUUGUCGGCAACUUUGAUGGGGUUCCAUGCAUCAGUUACCUUUAAACGUGGGCGAAAUUCUUGACUAAAUAUCUAAGGGUUUCAAUGGGCUGGAUAAGCCCAAAUCCCAACUAAUUUUUCCUCGGCUUAGGUCCCUACGUAGGGCCUCGUGCAUCACAGGGGUUUGACUUCGAGUCCAUUUGCCAUGUUUUUCUCUUGGUCUAGGAUAAUACUUGGCUUAGAAAGACUUGGUACCAGCUACUCUCUAAUUCAUUAAAGUCAACGCAAUUUAAAUCUUCUUCCUCCCCUUCACUAUUACUUAUCUCGGCUUGCCUAUUUAUGAGCUAAAGAUGAUUUAUAGAUAAUUAUUUUUCUCCAGAGAUCCAUAAUGCUCCAAGCAUUAUCUCGGCUUAGGGGUCCCUACAUAAGGCCUGGUGCAUCACAGGGGUUUGACUUGGAGCCCAUUUGCCAUGUUUUUCUCUUGGUCUAGGAUAAUACUUGGCUUAGAAAAACUUGGUACCAGCCAAACCAAUUUACUGUCCUACUCAUGUCACUCUCUAAUUCAUUAAAGUCAACGCAAUUUAAAUCUUCUUCCUCCCCUUCACUAUUACUUAUCUUGGCUUUGCCUAUUUAUGAGUUAAAGAUGAUUUAUGGAUAAUUAUUUAUCUCCAUAGAUCCAUGAUGUUAUUUGUUCUCGAGCUUGAUGCAGAUUGGAGUACACUUUGGAGGAAAUUUCUACGAAUUCGUUCCCUGGGACGGUGCUGUCAACUGGGAGAUCGCUCCUUGGGGUUUCUGGCGCAUUUGUGGAGAAAACAAGUCAUUUCUGGUAAAUUCGUCACCUCUUAUUCUCAUAUAUUUUAUUUUCGAGAGAGGAGAAAGGGAAAUUUUCAGACUAAAAUCAGUUUUUACUUUAAUAUUAUAAUAUUUAUUUUAAAUUAUAUUGAUGCUAUUUUUACCAGUAAAAAAAGAAGUCUAGAGCUUCUCAAUACACCUCCAUGGAACCAAAUUUUCGCGGAUUUAUUUCUUCGUUGGAACCCUUUUUUAGAAGAAAUAUUGCAAUGAUCACCGACCAGUUUGUGACAGAGCAGGUGGAAUUGGAGGCUACAACGACGGAGCCCGGAACCCCCUUGCGUGCUCCGACACCAGAAGCUGGGCUGGUCACUGCAUGCAAGGACACCUGCUUUGCUGAUCUCACCUUGAAAAUAUGGGAAAGAAAAUCUGAUGGAAGCAAGGGCGAGGUAUUCUUACAUUUCUAUUAUUAGCCUCCCAACAAUCAUGGAAUGGCCUCAAAUUUACUAUGUUGACUUCUCCCACAUUGCCCAAGAAGGUCAAUUCUCCCAUGGUUAGAUUAAAUGGCCAUAUUCUAAUGAUUGCCUAUCAGCCCAGGAGGAACCCUUGAGAUCGUAUGACCAUUCCCCCCCCCCUUUUUCUCUCCAUGCCCAGAAGCCCGUUGACUUUGUUAGAGUGGAUAAUUUCUUGGGUGUGACAGCUGGUACUCGACGUAACUAGCACCAUGGCGGCAGUUGAGGUGGGCGGCGGACCAUGGUUUGACACUUGGAAAGGCUCAGGGGAUGUGCCAGAGCCAAUCAAGCAGGUCUUGAGACUGCCGAUCAACGCCGAAGACUUCUUCCCCGUCCCAUUUCUUAAACCCCCCGGGCUCUAA